AUGGUGAGCGAUGGUCAGAAGAGUGAUGGGCAAACGGUGAAGCCGGAGGAUGCGCUGAGGAACAAGUAUGCGCAGCUUGCGAAGCUGAAAGCGAAGAAGCUAGCUGCCCAACAGAAGAGCGGAGCUGCAGGGGCAGCGGGUGCUGGCUCUGCCCUUGCUUCACCGUCGAGCUCAGCAGGAGGCGGCUCCUCCUCGUCCGCGUCUUUCACUUCUCCAUCCUCAAGCUUGAAGGAGAAGUCAUAUGACGCCCUGGACAGCAAGAAACGGAAGUUGGAGAGCGAGCCGGAGACAGUGAAGGCCUCGUCUCUCACAAGGGAGGUCAUCCAAGCUGUCCAGUCCUCCACCAAGAAGGCUGCCGUCAGCGAUGCAGCGAUCAACCCUGAAGUGAUGAACAUGAACAUCCCGAGGCGGGCAACCCCGAUAUCCUCGAAGCCAGCAGAUCGAGAAGGAAACGCUCCUGGGUCAGACCCGGCUGGCGGAAGCGUCUGGAACAAGCCGAGGGUGAGUGUGUGCGGGGAUGCGGGGAGGAAGUCGACCCUGAGCCUGACGGUGGGCGUGUCAAAGGCCGCAGGUGGAAACUCAGGAGUCACUAAGGGAAUUCCGCACGAGUACCAGGGGAAGCUCCAAACUCUAGUGGAGCAGCAGAUGUUGACGGCUGAUGAUGUGGAGGGCAUCAAGCAAUGUAUCCGGUCAGAGCAGGAGGACAACGUGGCGAGAGCUCUGGAUCAGUUCCUGAAAUCAAAUCUGGACGGCAUCAAGAACAAAGUUGGGUAUUUCAACUCUAUCCUAAGGAAAGCCAAGGACGGGAGUAGCAAUGAAGACGAGAAGCCAGGCUCUUCGAAGCUCAUCUGGCCGCAAGAGGAGAGAAUCUUCUCCGACAUGAACCUCAAUGAGGGGAGAUUGAUUGAGAAAGAGAUUCGCCUGGACAACAUCUCUUGCAGCCUUCCUCCGCCUGAAUCUCUCUUCUGUGAGGAGGGGAGCACAGACUCAGAGAUGGCCGGGGUCAAAUCCAACCUCACGAGCGUCCUGGACAAGCUCAAGGCUGCUCAACGUCCUGAAGCAGAGGCAAGCGGAGGAUCACACGGGAGACACGGCAAGCUGACUGCUUUCCCUUCCUGCUCCAGCGCCAAGCCGGAGCUGUGUUCGAUCUACUGGGCCCAGUACUUCGAGAUCUUCAACUCUUACUCGGUGAUCCCCAACAACUGCCAGACCGAGAACAAGAUCAAAUCUCUUCAUCUCUUCGAGUCGCCGCUGGUGGGAAGAGGAUUCGCAGCCAGCAUCUCCGCCCUGAACCACUUCCUCAAGCUCAAAUGCACGUCCUGGUCGUUAGAGUGGACGGGACACACAGGGCUGGAGUGGGAGAUGCGCUGCAAGAUAGGGACGAGCGAGAACGUGAGGAGCGAAGAUGAAAGAUUCCUCAGGAGCACUCUCGAUCACUGGGUGUUCAACAGUGAGGGGCAAGACUUUACCAUCAAUCAGAGCACCAUCGACGCUCUCUGGAAGAAAACACAGGCAGGACUCGAGCUUACCAUCGCAGCUCUGUCUUCGCUAAUGCAGGGCGGCACGCUUAUCAUGCGCAUGUGGCAGCUCUACGAGAGCGAGAACGCAGCUCUCAUCUUCCUCCUCAACAGCAUCUUCUCCGAGACGGUUGUCUGCCGCCCGUCGACUGUCCAAAGCCCAUGCGGGCACGUCUUCCUUGUCUGUCUUGGCUUCAAGGGAAUUUCUCAGCUCCAUCUGGAUGCUCUUUCGAAGGCGAUUGGGGAGGAUACAGAGGCAGACGAAGGACCUCGGAUGACGAUGAUUCCAAGAAGCUUUCUUCCUUCAUCGUGGGUUCAGCAAAUCAGGACGUGUGUCGAGUUCUUUGCGAACUUGCAGAUCGCAAUCAUCAACCGCGAUCUUGACGUCAACAACAACUUACAGCAGCAUCUGAGGGAGAUCUAUAGCGCGGCAAGCAAUGGUUCGCCAUACGAGGACGCUUCUCGCACAACUUCUCGUCUAUCAAGGCUUGAACAAGUUCACAAGGUCUGGAGAUCGAAGGAGGAGAGAGUCUGA